AUGUUUAAAGGUCAAAAUGCUUUAAUUACUGGUGGUUCAAGAGGAAUUGGUUUAGCAAUUGCAUCAAAAUUGGCAUUAAAUGGAGCUUCAAUAACUUUAUUAGCAAGAAAUGAGGAACUACUUCAACAAUCUGUCAAUCAAUUAUCAACUGAUCAUAACCAAUCACAUUCUUAUAGAUCAAUUGAUUUACUACUGCUCAUCAAACUGGAGACAGAUGUGCAAAAUUUACGAAAAUCAAUUACUCCACCAACUAUUCUCAUCAAUUGUGCAGGUAUAACUACUCAUUCAUUACUACAUCAAACAGAUCAACAAUUAAUCUCAGAUACCAUAAAUCUAAACCUCACAAUAGCAAUAAUACUUAGUCAGUUAUUCAUCAAAGAUAUGAUACGACAAAAGAAGCUAAAUCCAUCGAUAUUAAACAUAUCUUCAAUAUUAUCUUACACAGAUCAUGUAAUAUCAGGAACAUCAGUAUAUGCAGCAUCAAAAGCUGGUCUUUUAGGAUUUACAAAAAGUUUAUCUCAUGAAUUACGUGAUAUAAUUAGAGUUAAUGCUUUAUUACCUGGUUUAGUUAAAGAAACUGAUAUGGGUUUGAAAGUUAAAAGUGAUUUAGAACCAAUCUCUUUAGAUGAUGUUGCUAAUAAAGCUAUUGAUAUUUUGAAAGAUAAAUCAAUUAAUGGGCAAUGUAUUCGUAUAGAUUAA